AUGGUAGCCACGACAAGGCUCAGAGCUCACGACCAUGAUGACGACAAAAGGUCUCUUGUCGAGUCUAUUGCUGCCGCUACGCGCGUUGCCCACGCCAGGCUCAACAAACUGAUCAUCUCUCGGCUGCCGGUCGCUCUGCCUCCUCAAGCAAACGACCCCUCGCUUUACGCCUCUGGGCUUCUCCAUAUCGCGCCGAUAUACACGACAUUCGAGUCGUUAUGGCAGAACAUCCUUGACUCGCCGCCAGCCGAGACGACUACCGCAGUUGCAGCUGCAGAAUCGGAUCUUUAUAUUGGCGAGAACGCAUUGCCACAACGACGUAAUGAGGCUUCUGGGACACCGGUGUCCGGUCGCGUGCACUCCAUGUUGGAAAGCCUGCGUUUGCCUGGGCUCAUGCGAACAGAGAGGCUCAAGACAGACAUCAAGGCUCUGACAGGCUGGUCCGACCAUAUCAUCGAACAGCAGCUCAGGAUCGUCAGUGACCGGGGGCCACUCGCCGAAUUCCUUAAUCACAUCAAGCGAUCCGUGGAGAACCGGCCACAUGUUCUCCUUGCAUACGCAUACAUCUUCUUCAUGGCCCUCUUCGCGGGCGGUCGGUAUAUCCGAGCAUCGCUCCAGUCAGUGGGCAAUGAGUUCUGGGACCAGGGACCGGACCACGUCAAGCCCACGAUGCAGGCGUGCACUGAGGAGCGACCAAACCCGGGCGAGGAAACAGAUGGCACGCCCAAGUCUCGUGUCACAAGCUCGAUGCCCCUGCGGUUCUUUCACUUCCCGACCCCGACAGACGGAGAAGAUUUGAAGUGCGAGUUCAAACAGAAACUAGCAGAUUUGGAGGCAAAGCUCUCGCAAAGUGAGCGCCAGGAUAUUGUGCAAGAGGCCAUAUCGAUCUUCGAGAGGAUGACGAUGCUCGUAGAGCAGCUGGAUGUGGUCUGUGGUGGACAGACAGGGAUGGACGUCAGCACUCCCCAUUCCGAGACACCCAAUGUUCCCGUGGGACAUGCUGUGGGCAGCAUCAAACUCUGCCCAGCCAUGUCCAGCAAGGCGUUUCGGUUCGAGAAGGUGAAAGGCGAUCCCAACCAGGUCAUCCCUCCAUCGCCGCAUGACGGAACCAUUGAGGACUUCACGGGCCAUACACGGCAGGCACCAAAAAGCGUGCGUCUCACGCGGACGGCGCACUGGAUUUUCGCUGUGGCAGUGGGGAUACUUGUCUUUGGCGCCUACAUGAGCGGUCGUAGGAGACUGACGGAGUGGUGGUGA